CACCGUGCGCGCCCCCGCGUGGACCAGGCGAUGGCGCGGCGGCGGGCGGACCGAAUCCCCGUCGCCGCCGCGGACAGCCCCGCCGUGUCGCCCCAGCGCGAGGACGAGGGGAAGGCGUCCCACGGCGACGUGGAGGUGUCCGUCCAGCGCCACGUGGAACGCCGGGUGGGCGCCGCCCUGUCGGAGCAGCAGUUGCUGACGCAGGAGGAGGCGAUGAGCAUCCUCGAGGCGGCAGUGCGAGCACCGCGUCGAGGAGCUCGCGCGGAGGCUGCGGCGCGGCGGCGGCGGCGGACGACGCGAGGGGCGAGCUGCGCAUGGUGGCGUCCACGAAGCUGGAGAGGGGCGAGGUGGAGGCCCUCGUCGCGGGGGCCCUCGCCGACUGGGUGCGCGCGGCGAAGCGGGGCGAGGACGCCGUCCACAAUGCCCUGCUGCGCGGCAGGGCCCCGCCAGGCGUCGCGGCGGCCGCCCUGGCCGCGCCCCUCGUGGUGGGCGAGCUCGUGUGA